CCGUCCCGGAAGUUCGUGUUUCACGCCAUUCCCGUGUCGGCCCGUCAAAAGGUGGAGGUUUUCCACCCAUUCUACGCAACCUGUUGCAUAUUCAUCGGGCCACGGCGCGGAAUGUGUAAUUCUGGAAUCGUGAAACGGGAGCAAUUCGCUACCGAUGACCGACGUCAGAAACGAUCGGACCGUCGAGAGAAAUGGAACGCUCGAAAGUGCAGUCGAUGUCGGCCGGGGCGAAGGAUUUGUUCCUGGAGUAUUGCAGCAACAGUUCGGUACACGGAGUGCGCUAUUUCGGGUGCCGAGAAAGGUCAAUUUGUGAGAAGUUUUGGUGGGUGGUGGUGUUUGUCCUGUCGGUGGGAAGCUGUGCUAUGCUGAUCCUGAAAACGUAUCAAAAGUGGGAGCAAACUCCUGUCAUUGUGAGCUUCAACGAGAAGUCCACUCCGGUGUGGCAGAUUCCGUUUCCAGCUGUUACUAUUUGUCCUCAGACCAAGGUUAAGAGUGGAAUGAUGAACUUUUCCAAAGAUUACAACGAUUUCACAUCAAUGGAUUCCGAAGAGAUGGAUGGUUUCAACAAAACCGACUAUUUGCUGACGAUGAUGCAGCUUUGCGAAAGAACGUUCUACGCUAUCGUACUGUAUGAUAGCGAAGCUCUACCCAAUAAAACUAGUAAUCAAAGCUACGCCUCAAUAGUCCAAGAAAUGUCACUACCAAUGUACAAUAUGAUAGAAUUCUGCGUGAUGCGUAGCGUGGUGAAAUUCUGUCGUGACAUAUUCAGCUACACUAUGACCGAGGAGGGGGUAUGUGCCAGCUUCAAUCUUCUUUCCGCGUCGGAAUUACUUCGCACUAAUUCCAUUCAAACAGUCGACAAAUACUUAUCUGGUAAACAUGAAGCUCCGCAGUGGUCACUUGAACACGGAUACUCUCAGGAAGCAACACUUAACUCAUACCCAUACCGAACUCUCGGACCCGGCUACUCAGCAGGACUGUCACUGCUGCUCCUGUCGAGCAACGAGGACCUUGAUUAUCUCUGCCGCGGACCUGUUCAGGCCUUCAAAGUUCUGCUGCACACUUCCGCAGAAUAUCCGCAAGUUUCCCGAAAGUUUGUCCACGUUCCCAUGGAUCAGGAAGUUACCAUCGCCGUAAAGCCCCAAAUGGUAACAACUACUGAAAGUCUUCGCAGCUACACUCCCGAACGCCGCCAGUGCUUCUUCAACAACGAACGAUAUUUGCAGUUUUUCAAGAUCUACACACAGGACAACUGUGAGCUCGAAUGUCUAACAAAUUAUACUCUGCAACGUUGCGGUUGUGUAAAAUUUUCAAUGAUGUACUCCAACGGAACCGCGGUGUGCGAAACUAACCAAAUUCAUUGCAUGUUAAUGGCGGAAAACGAUCUUCUAGAGAUGGACGUCGUCAAUCACCAGGACCAGCAGACUAACUUUCGAGCCGAAUGUAACUGUCUACCGGCGUGUACUUCCAUCCAGUACGAUGCAGAAAUCACGCAGACCGAUUUCGAUUGGUUGAAGUGGACUCAGGCAAUCAAAAUUCCGCUGGAUAACAUGACUGGACUGCACGUGGCUCGGCUGGGAAUCUACUUCAAGGAGGCACAGUUCAUGACUUCGAAGCGAAGCGAGCUGUAUGGGUUGACUGAUUUUCUGGCGAACUGCGGCGGAUUGCUGGGUCUAUGCAUGGGGGUUAGUCUGUUGAGUUUGGUGGAGCUGUGCUAUUUCUGCACGGUGCGGCCCUUUUCGCUCUGGAGGAAGCAGAGGCACGAAGAAAUGGACGCGAAGAAGCUGAAGUUUGAUGAUGUGCCGGGAAUAAGUCUGCUGUCGAUGUCGGUAAAAGGGGAUUAGGGGUAUGUGCUUUAUCGUGAUAUAAUCGUGCAGAAGGGAUGAUAGGAUUUCAAAUUUGAUUGUUACCGAACAAUGUGAUUGCUCUGAAUUGAUUGAUUACUAUUACUGAUUACUAUAAGAUGUAAGUAUUUGUAAAUCGCGUUGUUUUUAUUAUAAGCUUCAUUCAAAUAAAUCUUCUAGUCGUCUAUUACUCAUUCAAA